AUGUCUUUUGCCACGAAGAAGGACGAGGAAAGCGGCCUCAGCACAUACUACAACAACAAAACCACCGUUAUCCAGGAGGCCCGAGUCUUCAAUGAAUCCCCCAUAAGCCCACGCAAGUGCAGGGCGCUGCUCACGCGCAUCGUGUAUCUUCUCUAUGUCGGCGAGACGUUCAACACACAAGAGGCGACAACGCUGUUCUUUGGAACGACGAAAUUGUUCCAGCACAAGGACAGUGCACUGCGUCAAAUGGUGUACCUCGCUAUCAAGGAGCUCGCGACGACGGCAGAGGAUGUUAUCAUGGUCACGGCGAGCAUCAUGAAGGAUAUGCAGCCCAACUCGGAGGUCAUCUACCGGCCGAACUCCAUCCGUGCCCUCGCGAGGAUCAUCGACCCGUCUAUGGCCCAAGGUGUGGAACGCUUCUUCAAGGCCGCCAUCGUCGACAAGAAUCCGUCCAUCUCCUCCGCCGCGCUCGUCUCCGCCUACCACCUAUUCCCGCACGCCAAAGACGUCGUCAAGCGCUGGGUCAACGAGGCCCAGGAGGCCGUCAACGCCAAGUCGUCCUCGUCCUUCUUUGGCGGGAGCGCGUCCAGUGGUAGUGGGUACCUCGGCGCCUGGGGCGGAGGCUCGUCGAACGCGAAUCAGGGCUACCAGGCGAUUCCGUCUACAAGCUACAUCACGCAGUAUCAUUCGCUCGGGCUGCUCUAUGUGAUUCGCCAGCAGGACCGGAUGGCAAUCACCAAGAUGAUACAGCAACUGGGUGGAGGCAAGAGCGGGGCGGGCACAACGCUCAAGAACCCAAUGGCGCUGUGCAUGCUCAUCCGGUAUGCCGCGAAGGUCAUGGAGGAGGAUCCGAACACUCAGAGGCAGAUGCUCGAGCUCCUUGAGGGCUGGCUCCGGCACAAGAGCGACAUGGUUAACCUGGAGGCCGCGCGAGUUAUCUGCGAGAUGAAGCACGUCACUUCUACUCAGCUGACGCGCCCGAUCGCUGUCCUUCAACUGUUCCUCUCUUCACCUAAGUCGACCCUCAAGUUCGCUGCCACCCGCACCCUCUCCUCGCUCGCGGUGUCCCACCCGUCAAGUGUCGCGGCAUGCAAUAUCGACCUCGAGAACCUCAUCUCGGACCCGAACCGCAGCGUGGCCACCUAUGCGAUUACGACCCUCCUCAAGACCGGCAACGAAGCAUCCGUCGACCGCCUCAUGAAGCAGAUCAGCGGCUUCAUGAGCGAGAUCAGUGACGAGUUCAAGGUCAUCAUCGUCGACGCCAUCCGCUCGCUAUGCCUCAAGUUCCCUGCGAAGCAUGAGUCGAUGCUUGCCUUCCUCUCGGGCGUUCUCCGCGAUGAGGGCGGCUACGACUUCAAGCGCGCCGUCGUCGAGGCGAUGUUCGACAUGAUCAAGUUCAUCUCGGACUGCAAGGAGCAGGCGCUCUCGCACCUCUGCGAGUUCAUCGAGGACUGCGAGUUCACGAAGCUCUCCGUUCGCAUCCUCCACUUGCUCGGCGUCGAGGGCCCCAAGGCCCCUAACCCCACGAAGUACAUCCGGUUCAUCUACAACCGCGUCGUGCUCGAAAACGCGACCGUCCGGGCUGCAGCGGUCUCGAGCCUGGCGAAGUUCGGUCUCAACAACAUCGACGCGAAGUUGGGCAAGAGCAUCCACGUGCUGCUCAACCGGUGUCUCGACGAUGUCGACGACGAGGUCCGCGAUCGCGCCGCACUCUACCUGAAGGUGUACGAGGAGCCCCCGCUCAUCCAGCCCUACAUCAAAGAAGAGGCUAUCUACUCGUUAUCUGCCUUGGAGUCAAAACUUGUUUCGUACAUCAGCGACCUCGAUUCGCUGGACGAAGCCUUUGACGCCUCGGACAUUCCCAAAAUCAGCCGGGAACAGGCUGCCAAGGAUGCUGCUCGUCCCAGCACGCUCGAGACCAUCGGUGUCCCCUCAACUUCCAAAGCGUCGACGCCCCCACCACCUUCGGCCGCGGAGACGCAGUCCCAUUACGUGCAUCAGCUUGCAGAAGUUCCGGAGCUUACAUCAUAUGGCCCGGUCCUCAACAGCAGCAUCAAGCCCAACCCCCUCACCGAGAGCGAAACGGAGUACCUCGUCUCUGUGGUCAAGCACGUAUUCAAGGAGCACAUCGUGUUCCAGUUCAACGUGUCAAACACGAUUCCAGACACCGUUCUCGAGCAGGUCUCGGUCAUCAUGCAGCCGCAAGCGGACUCUGGUCUUACGGAAGACUUCAUCAUCCCCAUGCCCACCCUCACCUCUGCGACGUCGCCGGGAAUAGUCUACGUGUCCUUCACACGCGACACACCUGAAGAGUAUGUGCAGGCCUCGUUCUCGUGCGUCCUCAAGUUCGUCAGCAAAGAGCUCGACCCGUCCACCGGGGAGCCUGAAGAAGAGGGCUACGAGGAUGAGUACCAGCUCGAAGACACCGAGCUCGCCGCGGCGGACUACCUCGUGCCCACCUAUGUCACCUUCGCGGCCGAGUGGGACCGCUUGCGCGGCGGCGUGGCGCUUACGGAGACAUUCUCGCUCUCGGCGAUGGAGUCCCUCAAAGCGGCGUGCAACUCGGUCAUCGAGAUCCUCAACAUGCAGCCUCUUGGUGGCUCGGAAGAACCUCAGCAACCCACGGUGCACACGCUACAGCUUUCCGGUCUUAUGGGCGGCGGCGGAGGAAAAGUUCUCGUGCGCUGCCGCAUGACAUACUCGAAGGCACAAGGCGUCACGCUCGAACUGGGCGUACGCGCCGAGCAACAGGCUGCGGCGGACUUGGUAAUUGCCGCCAUUGGUGGUUGA